AUGCAGGAAUUCAAAGAUUAUCUUGAAUCAUGCAAUUUAGUACAAGCACCCAAGUCUGGUAUUCAAUUUUCUUGGUGUAAUAAUAGAGUGGGUAAGAAAAGAAUCUUACGUGAUUUGGAUAAAGCUUUCUUCAACAUACAAUGGCUGGAGAAGUAUGAAGGAUGGAGCUACAAAGUGAAUGCUAGAGGAACAUCUGAUCAUGGAGCAUUGUUAGGUGGGGUAGUUAAUAUUGCAAAACCAAAAAAUAUUCCAUUUAAAUAUCAACCUGUGUGGACAACUCAUCCAGAGUUUAUAAAACUAAUUCAAGAAUCAUGGGAAGAAGAGUGUAAUGGAAAUCCAGCUUUCAGUUUUAUUUGUAAGCUUAAAAGGCUAAAAAACAUUUUGAAGAAAUGGAAUUGGGAAGUGUUUGGGGACCUCAGAAUCAAAGUAAAAACCACAGAAGAGAAGGUCCUAGCUGCUUCUUUGGAGUCAGAUGAAGAUCCUGAGAAUAUUGAAUUAUUAAAUAAAUUGGUGACUGCAAGAGCGGAACAUGAUUUAGCUUCUCAACAAUAUAAUGAAUUAAUGAGAAUGAAAUCAAGAAUUCAAUGGUUUAAGGAAUGUGGAGCUAAUACUGCAUUUUUUCACUCAACCAUGAGAAUUAGGAAAGCUUACAAUAAUAUCUCAGAACUAGAAGACACAUAA